AUGGCGAAAGACGUGGGAAUUCUCGCAAUGGAGGUCUACUUUCCCGGCGUGUGCGUCAACCAGGUAGACUUGGCGAGGUUUGACAAAGUGCCGCCAAAGUACUACACCGAAGGCUUGGGACAGGAGCGCCUGGCUUUCUGCGAGGACACCGAAGAUGUGAUCUCCAUGAGCUUGACAGUGGUCAAAUCGCUCUUGGAGAAUUAUAACAUAUCUCCUUCAAGCAUUGGACGGCUCGAGGUUGGAAGCGAGACCGUGAUUGACAAGAGCAAGUCCAUCAAAAGCUACCUCAUGCCUUUGUUCGAGGAGAACAGUGGCAUUGAAGGCGUUGACUCCACCAAUGCUUGCUAUGGAGGAACCGCAGCGCUCUUCAACUGUGUCAACUGGAUCGAAAGUCGCUCAUGGGACGGAAGGCUUGCGAUCGUUGUAGCCGCAGACAUUGCGGUUUAUGCUGAAGGCACUGCUCGUCCCAGCGGCGGUGCUGGUGCGGUUGCCAUGCUUGUAGGACCGAACGCGCCGCUUGUUCUCGAACGAAGCUAUACCGGAACGUACAUGGCUCACGUCUAUGAUUUCUACAAGCCUGACUUAAGCAGUGAAUAUCCGGUGGUCGACUCCAAACUAUCCCAAAAGUGCUACCUCAAGGCAUUAGAUGUGUGCUACAAGAGAUACUGUGAAAGAUACGAGAGCAUCGAGGCGAGACCGUUCACUGUCCAGGAAGCAGACUUUCUAGUCUUCCAUGCACCUUUUAACAAGCUCGUUCGGAGAAGUUUUGAGCGGCUGCUGUGGAAUGACUACCAGCGGGACUGCAGUUCUCUGGGAGAAGAUGGAGAAAAACUCAAACCAUUUCAAGGAUUGACGGCAGACAGCAUCGUCAGCAAUGCAAGUCUCAAAGAGGUCAUGAAAGCUGUAGCGGAGCCUGGAUAUGAUGCAAAGGUUUCCCCUUCGACGCUGAUUCCGAGACGAGUCGGCAAUACGUAUUGCGCAUCACUGUAUGCUGGCCUAGCUUCCCUGGUCCACAACAAGGCCAGCUUACUCGACGAUGGCCAAAGCAUUCUCAUGUUCUCGUAUGGAAGCGGGCUGGCAUCGUCUCUCUUUUCCAUCCGCGUCAGAAGAGUGGAAGGUGUUCACAGCUUGGAGAACGUGGCCAAGACAAUGGCAAUCUCAGAGAAACUCGAUUCUUGUGUUGCGGUUUCUCCAGAAAAGUUUGUGGAGACGAUGAAGAUAAUGGAGAGCCGAUAUGGUUCCAAAGACUUCGUCCCAAUGGGUGAUUUGGCAACUGUUAGGCCGGGAGCAUUCUACUUGGCUGGAGUAGACUCUCUAUAUCGCAGGACCUACGAAAGACGAGCUCUAACUUGAGUUAGAACUUCGAAGAGAUUUUGUCACCGAAAACUUCGUAUUAAAAGAUCUCAAAAAUGGUAGUCCGAUAAAA